UUUUUUCUCUCUCUUCCCCCUUCCCAAAAAACAAAUUAAAAAAAGAAAAAGAAAAAGAAAGAUGAACAUGAACUCCCAAGCUUGUUCAUCAUUUACCAUCUUCAACUUUCUAUGCCCAUGUAUUAUUCUUGUCUUCAUGUUCCCAACCAUGGGUUCAUGUAGCUGCACAUGUGAUCACACAACACAAGAAAUUAAACCCAAGGACGGUUCAAAUCCAAUAGAAGUCAUUCUUCACUAUAAAAUCAUGUCAAUAGCUUCCGUUCUGGUGGCGGGCGCACUAGGCGUAAGCCUACCAUUAGUGAGCAAGAGAAUCCCAGCACUUAACCCUCAGAACGACAUCUUCUUCAUGAUUAAGGCGUUCGCGGCCGGCGUCAUUCUCUCCACCGGCUUCAUCCAUAUUCUACCGGACGCCUUUGAGAGCUUGAAUUCGCCAUGCCUUACGCAGCUUGAUCCCAUGUGGGGGAACUUCCCUUUUGCUGCUUUUGUUGCCAUGUUAGCUUCCAUUGGAACUUUGAUGGUGGAUUCUUUUGCCAGUGGCUAUUAUCAUAGGCAACACUUUAAUAUUUCAAAGCAGGUUCCUACUGCUGAUGAUGAAGAAAUGGGUGAUCAUGGUCAUGGUCAUGAUGCUCAUGUUGGUCAUAUACAUGUUCAUACACAUGCCACACAUGGUCAUGCUCAUGGUUCAGCUAAUUCUUCCCAUGGUUUGGUAACAUCAGAACUAAUUAGGAAGAGAAUCAUAUCGCAAGUGUUGGAGAUAGGAAUAGUGGUCCACUCAGUAAUAAUUGGAAUAUCUUUGGGAACUGCAAAUAGCAUUGAUAGCAUUAAGCCUCUCUUGGUUGCCUUGUCUUUUCAUCAAUUCUUUGAGGGCAUGGGCCUUGGUGGUUGCAUAUCUCAGGCAAAGUUUGAGUCUAGGUCAACAGCAAUUAUGGCAACCUUUUUCUCCCUAACAACGCCGAUUGGAAUAGCGAUUGGAAUAGGGAUAUCAAGUGUGUACAAAGAGAAUAGCCCAACUUCUCUAAUUGUUGAAGGGGUCUUCAAUUCAGCUUCUGCUGGAAUCCUCAUUUACAUGGCAUUGGUUGAUCUUCUAGCAGCAGAUUUUAUGAAUCCAAAGCUGCAAAAUAAUUUGAAACUCCAAUUAGGAGCGAAUAUCUCACUUCUGUUAGGCGCAGGUUGCAUGUCACUACUGGCCAAAUGGGCCUAAUUAACUUUUGGAUGUGCUUUUCAGAUUCCAUUAGCAGCAAUUAAUAUAUGGAGGCUUUUAAUUAAGUGCUUUUGCAUAA